ACCAAAUCUGACGGUCCAUAGAAAGAAAGAAGGAAAGAAGGAAAAAAAAAAAGCUUUAAUAACUGUGCCACUCAACUCUCAAGUCUCAACACUGACACUAAAUUCAAUGGGAGAGGAAGAUAAAAAAAUGGAGGAGAAGAAAGCUGAGGAGCCACAAGUGAAACCAGAGGAUAAGAAACCUGAAGAAGACGAGAAGAAGAAAGAGCCUCAAGAGAUAGUUCUUAAGAUUUUUAUGCAUUGUGAAGGUUGUGCUAAAAAGAUCCAUAGAUGUCUUAAAGGCUUUGAAGGAGUGGAGGAUGUAACAACUGAUUGUAAAACUAGUAAAGUUGUGGUGAAAGGAGAGAAGGCAGAUCCAUUGAAAGUGUUGGAAAGGUUACAGAGGAAGAGCCACCGUCAAGUGGAGCUUCUCUCGCCGGUUCCGGAGCCUAAACCGGUUCCAAACGAACCGGAGAAAAAGGAGGAGGAGAAGCCUAAACCUGAGGAGAAAAAAGAAGAGGUAGUGACAGUGGUGCUGAGUGUUCACAUGCAUUGUGAAGCAUGUGCCAUGGAGAUUCAAAAGAGAAUCAUGAGAAUGAAAGGAGUGGAGUCUGUGGAACCAGAUUUUAAGGCAUCACAAGUGAGCGUGAAAGGAGUUUUUACACCGGAAAAGCUAGUUGAGUUUGUCUACAAGAGGGUCGGGAAGCACGCCGCAGUUGUCAAGCAAGAUCCGCCGCCAAAACCGCCGGAGAAAGAAAAAGAAACCAAAGACAAGGACGAGAAGAAAAAGGAAGAUGGGCAACCCAAAGAAGGAAAAGAGGCCAAGGAGGACGGUGGUGCCAAAGGCGAUGGCGCUGCGGCCGUGGAGGGGAACAAAGUGGUAGACCUGAAGAAGAAUGAGUAUCAGUACCAGCCACCAAGGUAUCCCGUGGAGAUGUUUGCUUAUCCACCACAGAUAUUCAGUGACGAGAACCCCAACGCUUGUACCAUUAUGUAAUAAAAUCGUCACUUUGAUGGGUUUGUAGGAUUUAUUUAUUUUUACUUUAUCUAUAUGCCGUAUUUUAAUUUGAAUGUACUCUUUUUUUGGUAACUACUAAAUUUAUUUUGGAUACUAGAAAACAUGUACUCCCUCCGUUUCAUAAUAUAUAAUGUUUAGA